AAAGUGGGAGGAGAGGAGAGAAGGAAUGUCCGAGCCGGGGCAUUGUGUUUGGUUAUCGCACAACCAGAGAGAGAGAGAGGAGGAGGAGGAGGAGGGGAGAGGAGACUGCUGGGAAGUAGAAACCCUCUCAGAAGGAGGUGUGACUCAGCCGUGGACGCAGGAGCAGCUCCUUCACGUGUGGAAGGAGAAUCGAGGAUCACUCAGACCAGUUUAUUUAUUCCAGCAGGACUUUUAAACAGCUUCAAACUCUCUUCAGAUGCUCGGAAAUCUGAUCUACCGAGUUAAAGAUCAGCUGAAAGUCUGUGAUCUGAGUCCGGAUCGACUGAUUCGACACCUGAUUGGUCGAGUCUGAUUGACUGCCUGGAUUCUCCUAAUUGACUAAUUGGAAGUUUUAAGCGCCUGAUCGACAGGUGAGUGGGUGGAGGUGAGGAUGAGCGCUGCAGCAGCAGGAGAGCUGGUGUGUGAAGGCUGGCUCAGGAAGUCUCCGCCAGAGAAGAAGCUGCGCCGAUAUGCGUGGAAGCGGCGCUGGUUCGUGCUGCGCAGCGGGCGGCUGAGCGGGGAGCCCGACGUCCUGCAGUACUACAAGAACCAGACGUCCCGCCGACCCAUCAGGACCAUCAACCUGAACCUGUGUGAGCAGGUGGACGCCGGCCUGACGUUCACCAAGAAGGAGCUGGAGAGCAGCUUCGUGUUCGACCUGCGGACCGAGGAGAGGACCUGGUACCUGGUGGCCGAGUCAGAGGAGGACAUGAACCGCUGGGUGUCCUCCAUCUGCCUGCUCUGUGGCUUCAACCCCACCGAGGACGUCCCGGAGAGGCCUCCUGUCUCCGCCUCCGUCACGGCGAUGACCCCGACCGGUGGCUCCGCCUCCACGACCACCGCCACGCUCCCGCCCCCCUACGACCCCGUGGGCGUGCGAAAUGCAGAAGACGACUACCUGUGGCUGUCACACUGCCAGAGUCACAUCAGGCCUCCUUUAGGUUCCUCCACCUCUCUUGAAACCGACUACAACGACAACCUCUACCCUCCUCCCUCCGCCACCUCCUCCUCCUCCUCCUCUUCCUCCUCUCCGUCCCUCCUUCCCAACGGCCUCCCGCUCCCAUCCUCCUCCUCCUCCUCUUCCUCCUCCGGCUUCAGGACCGCCCCCUGGUCCAUGUCGUCGGUGGCGGGCCCGUUCAGCCAGUCUCUGGACGCCAGCGCCACCUUGGACCACCAGAGACGAGCCGGCAAACCGCGCUGCCACCCCUCCCCCCACCCCAGGAAGCACUCGCUGGACUUCCACCUUCGCCCCGUGGCCAUCCCUCUCAGCGACGACACGCACGCUGCUGUGCACGCCGCCGUGCACGCUGCUGUGCACGCUCACUCCUACACCAACAGCGGCUACCAAAUCCCUCGCCCGGUGCAAUCACGACCCCCUCGCCGCCCCUCCUCCACCCCCAGCGUGGACUCCCUCACCCAGGCGGAGCUCCACGCCUCCACCCCGACGCCCCCUCCGCGCCCGCCCAAGCCCCAAGCUGUCGCAGCCCAGGGAGAGGGCUCGGCAGGGGGCACGGGGACCGCCAUGCUCCCCCGGUCCUCGGAGGAGGGCGGGCUGCCGAGGAGCAACACGAUGACCACGCCAGGACGCUCACACACGGGUUGUGAGUCGUUUUACGUCCCUCGCUCGCUGUCCGACAGAGCGAGCAUGUUUGAGUUCAGCGAGAGCUUCAACAGCUACUUUUUUAACAAAGGCAUGGUACCUCUGGGCAGUGUUUGCUCUGAAGAUGAUGACGUGGAUGAAAACUAUGUUCCCAUGAGUGCAGCGACCACGGAGCCUCCUGUGGCACCGAGGGUUCCUCCAGCAGCUCCGUCCGACUCGUCUCUCCACCUCCAAGACAACUACGUCCCCAUGACGCCGCUCACGCCGUCCCAUCCCCUUCACUCUGCGCCUUCUGCAGGCGACCUGGCGUCCCUGGGGAGGCAGGUCCCCCCGCCCGCCCACAUGGGUUUCCGUAACUCCCCGUUGACUCCCGUCGCCCCCGCCACCCCGCCGCUCCGCAGGAACACCGUAAACGCCCCGAAGGUGGAGGACAUGCCUCCUCCGAUCCACCGCAACCUGAAGCCACAACGCAGAGGAGUUUGUGUCGGUCCGUCGGCAGAGAGAACAGAUGCUCAGACUGCUGCAGAAACCUCACACAAGACAAGAGUGAAACCAGCUCCUCUGGACAUCACGUCAGUGCAGGACUGGCAGGAAGUCCCGCCCCCUGUCCGCUCACCUGUCACUCGAACCUUCACGCGAGAUCCGUCCAGCCGUCGGUCAGUGAGGCCGACCUCGGCUCACAGCUCGUCUCCUUCCUCCGACUCUGAUGACACUGAUGACAGCUACGUUGCCAUGACAACAACCUCCAACCUCAGCUUCAGCGCCGGGGAGUCGUCUCUGAGGCUGAUGCUGCACCGGGCCUCAGAGGGCGGAGUCAGCAGCCCGUUGCUACGGCGAGCCAAGAGUGACAAACAGGUGGAGUACCUGGACCUGGACCUGCACACGGGGCGGUCGACACCCACCAGACAGAAACGCUGCACGGCAGAAGGCGGAGGCGACGGCGAGCUUGGCGGAGCAGGCGAGGAGCGUGCACGUGGGGGGCGCACACGUGUGGACUACGUGGUGGUGGACCCCAAGAGGACCAAGGCCCUGAGGAACACCAGAGAAGCAUGGCAUGAUGGGAGGAUGUCCACGGAGAAGGAGAAGUGCUAGAGACAGACACACACUGUUUAGAAACCAGAACUGUUGUUUCAUUUCACUUCCCAUUACUUUAAAAACUCUAAUCACUGUUUGAUUCUGCUGCAGUAGGAAUAUGUCAGAAACACCAGCUGUACUGUGUGAGAAAUUACUCAUAAAGUUCAGUUUCUCAAGUUAAAACACAUAUUUUGCAAAGUUCAGUUUUUGUUUUAGCACGGUGAAGAUGGUUCUACAUCAACAUAUUUCAGGUAACAUUCUCUUAAAUCCAGCUUCCAUUAGUCAGGAAAACUGUUUUUUGGGAGAAUUUUGAUGAACUAGAUUCCUCCAGAGCA